AGCCGUACUUGGAAAGUUAGCGACUUUGAAGUAGGGAAUACUAUUGGCACAGGAAAACUUGGCAAAGUAUACGUAGCCAGAGAAAAGAAAAGCCAGCAUGUGGUUGCUCUUAAAUCAAUGUUAAAAAAAGACAUGCUGGAGGCCAAUGUGGUCCAGUUCCUAAAACGAGAAAUUGAAAUCCACAGUCAUCUGAAUCAUCCCAAUAUAUUACCAAUGUAUGGUUACUUCCAUGAUCAGGAACAUGUAUAUAUUGUACUUGAGCAUUGUACCCAAGGUGAUCUUUACUUACACCUACAGAACGAUGGACCGUUUGAAGAAGACACGGUAGCCAAGUACAUUGGACAAUUGGCCCGUGCAUUGAAGUAUCUUCAUGGAUUUCAUAUUAUGCACCGAGAUAUUAAACCAGAGAAUGUCCUUAUAGACCACAACGGACAGCUUAAAUUAGCAGAUUUUGGCUGGGCUGUUCAAGACAAGGGACGUCGAGCCACGUUCUGUGGAACUUUGGAUUACCUCUCACCUGAGAUGAUCGAGACUCAAAUACAUAAUGAAAAGGUUGAUAUAUGGUCUCUUGGUGUGUUGUGCUAUGAAUUACUGGUAGGCACACCACCGUUUGAGGUCAUUGACAGUGUGACAUAUACAUACAUGAGAAUAAAGCAAGUCGAUCUCAAAUUUCCACCAUAUAUCAGUUUAGAAGCAAGAAGGUUUAUUACAAAGGCAAGUAUUUUUUUUGAAGAACAAGAUAAUAUCUUGCUAAUGUCUAUACUAUAG